UGGUAUUAUUGGUAUUAUUGACUGUUGCCGGUAAGGUCUUAUUGACUCCGACGCUGCAAAUUCGUGUUUUUUAUGAUGGAUUUGUCGCCAAACAACCAGAUCGAGGACAGAAAACCCAUCCUAACCGCCGACGGCCUGGUCCAGACUUCGAACUCCCCCUUCGAGCCGACCAUAUCGCAGGAGACCCAAACAUCCAACGGAAUCGGUGGUGGUCAGUGCCAGCUGACGGUCGACCAGUUGGACAUCGAAAUUCUGCCGAUAAUCUACGACAUUGUGCGCUGCGUGGAGAAGGAUCCUCUGGAGAACGCCGUUAAGCUGCGCGAGUCCCAGGAUUGCAACCACAAGAUAUUUGAACUGCAAAAACGCUUCGAAUCGGCACGCGAGCAAAUCCGCCAGCUGCCCGGGAUCGAUUUCAAUAAGGAGGAGCAGCAACAGCGACUGGAACUGCUGCGAAAUCAGCUUAAGCUCAAGCAGCAGCUGAUCCGCAAGUACAAGGACACAGAGUUCUAGGCAGUG